AUGCCAGAACAAGGACAGGUCUUGCAGUCUCGAGUGGUCCGCCGGAGAAAUCCACGCCCCAUCAACAGCUGCGUUGAAUGCCGCACCCGGAAGUCGCGAUGCUCCAAGACGCACCCUUGCCAGAACUGCACAGCCUUCGGGCGCGAGUGCAUCUUCAUCACCGUCCCUGAGAGCGCUGCGCGCAAGAAAGAGAGGGAGCAGAGAGAGCGCGCACAGAGUAAGAGUGGCGCUGGUGUCACCAUCCCGGACUGGACCAAGAACCUCCCCGUGCGCACGCAGAGUAGUGCAAGUGUGCAUGAUGGGUACGAGAACGCGAACUCCGUCGACACCACCACGCCGGGCACGCCUCCGCGAGACUAUGAAUGGGAAGCCUACCAGCAGGAUGUCGAGCCCGAAACGGAUGCCUGGGAGAGACUGCCCGCAGAGCCUGAAGAGACGCAGGACGAUGUGUACGAAGACGAGAAUGACGAUGAAGAUCAGAUUGCGACGGAUCUCACGAUUCGAAUCGGGAGGAUGAUCAUCUGUGAGAACGUCACCGGAUUUUUCCGCCCCCAAUACGCCGAAGAGCUCGGCAAGCUUCUGUCUGAGAGCUUCACCCCGUCGUCAUCAGUCACGGGCCAGAGAGCGACACAGUCGUCUGCUCUGCUGUCCGCAGAACAGAUGCCGUCUCUUGCACCAUCGCUGAAUCUGCUGCUAGGUGGCUCGUUGCCUCUACAUCAAAACAAUGAUGUGGAAGCACCGCAGUUACCGACUAAGAUGGAAGCAGAGGGACUACUACAGCGAUACACAGAAGCGGUCAGCCCUCUUGCGCACGUGUUGCAUCUUCCGUCGUUCAAGCGCAUGUUUGACCGCUUCUGGAUGAAUCUUGAGAUUGGGAAUCCCAACCAGAAUUCAUGUACUGCCUUGAUAUUGGCCGUGUGCAUGGCUGCUGCGGCGUCUGUAUCACCUCUGCAAGCCAAGUCGCAAUUUGGCAUCACGAAAGAGGACCUGUUCUUGCGCUUACAAAAGGCUACGGAGCGGGCAUUGCUUCGUGCUAACUGGGCGAAGACGUCCAAUAUACGGACCUUGCAAGCCUUGACGAUCUAUUUGAUACCCCUCUGUCGAGCGCAAAUAUCUCGAGCGACGUCUGUCGUAGUUGGUGCUCUGGUUCGCCUGGCACAGUGUAUAGGCAUACAUCGCAUGAGCCACAGCUCAGCCAACAGCCUAACACCUCUACAACGACACGUUCGAUCGCUCUUGUGGUACCAAAUUUGCUUCUUGGACUUCAAGACAGCCGAAGCGCAGGGGCCCCAUCCAUCCAUUCGAUCAGACGAUUUCGACAUUGCGCUCCCGUUAAAUGUAGAUGACGACGUCUUCGAGUUUGGCAGUGCAAAAUGGCAACAACACCCCGCCUCCACCACCGGCUGGUCAGACGUCACUUUAUCGCUGAUACGCUACGAAUGCAACGAAAUCCACCGUCUCAUCUUUCGCGGCAGAAUCGAGAUGGACCGUAAGCACAUCACGCUCCACGAUCUGCGCGCCCGCGUAGAGGCCAAGAAACGUCAAAUUCAAAGCAAAUACUUGCAGUACCUGGACGCCAAUGUUCCUAUCCAACGUUAUGCAGGCCUUGUAGCAACGCUCCUGAUGUCUCGCUGCGAUUCCAUGCUCCUCUACCGGCACCUUCCGCAAACCUCCCUGCAACCACGCUCAGAAUCCGAAAACCGCCUCCGCGACGUCCUUCUCACAGCAGCUCUUACGACGCUCGAAAUUGGCGCAACGCUAGACACACUGCCCUCGCUCUCGGCAUGGGCCUGGUACUCAACGACCUACCAACAAUACCACGCCGUCCUCCUCCUCCUCACAGAACUCUACCGCACACCCGACCUCCCCCGAAAAGAGCGCAUGGCCACCAUCAUCGACCACAUCUUCGGGCACUGCUACGGCGUCGGCGUCCGGGAACGCUGUUCCGACCUCCUCUUCACCGUCAAAGAAAACCUAGAAGCCUUCUACGUAAUGAAAGGCUUCAACAAAAAGCGCCAACAAAUCGCUCCCCAGCAACAUCCCACUCUUCAGCCCCUCCCCUCCUUCGGCGGCUCCGUAACGAGUCCCGCGUUUGGCGCGCAGCAGACGCCGAGUAAUAUGCAUGGCCAUUUGCAGAGGACGCCUACGUCCGGUACGCUGGAUGGCCUGAAUGUGGAUUUCGAUAGUAUACUCGGGAGCUUGAAUGGUGGGGGCGGCGGCGGGGCUGGUGCUGGGUCGGCGGAGGAUUACGAUGUCUGGGGUGGUAUGAGCGCUGGUGCGGGUCAGGAUACGGGGGCUAUUUUUGUGCCGGUGGAUACGGGACAUCAUGCUGAGUUUGGGACUACGAGUCCGAAUGGGGGGUUGCAGCAGUGGGAGAACUGGAAUUUCCCGCCUCAACAGCAGAAGUACGAGCAUUAA